GGACAAUCCGGCCCAUCGGACGUCCAUGCAAGCUGCCAAAAGCACGUCGUCACAAUCAGAAGAUGCCGAAGAACAGGAAAAAAUUGAGAUGCAAGACAAUCCUGUUUGCUGGAAAUCCAGCCACGCUGUCAAGGACCACUCCACUCAACUUGCAGAUGCAGAGAAGGAAGACAAUCAUGUUUACUGGACCCCCAGCCUCGAUACCGGGGACCACUCCACUCAACUAGCAUAUGGAGAGAAGGAAGACAAUCAUGUUUACUGGAUCCCCAACCUCGAUACCGGGGACAACUCCACUCAACUCGCAGGUGCAGAGAAGGAAGACAAUCAUGUUUACUGGAUCCCCAACCUCGAUACCGGGGACAACUCCAUUCAACUCGCAGAUGCAGAGAAGGAAGUCAAUCAUGUUUACUUGACCCCCAGCCUCGAUACCAGGGACAACUGUAUUCAACUCGCAGAUGCAGAGAAGGACGACAAUCAUGUUUACUUGACCCCCGCCUCGAUACCGGGGACAACUCCACUCAACUAGCAGAUGCAGAGAAACAAAUGAACCAUGUUAACUAGACCCUGGAACCACUUUGUCAUGGGCCACCCCACACAGCUGGACAACGCAAAGAGGAUGCUGAAACUGGUGCUUUCUGUUGUUAAUCUCAUCAGAACUGGUCGUACUGGUAUUGAGGAUGUACUCAUUUAACAUGUAAUGUGAACAGAUUAGUCGUUUACUGAGAAAACGACACUGAUAGACAGCAUUGUUAAUCUGAUGCGAAGUUGAACAUUGACAUGUAUGUUUCUUGUAUUGAACAAUCACUGAAUUCAAAUUCGUUUGUUUGUUGUUUAACGCCGCACUCAGCAAUAUUCCAGAUAUAUAUGA